GGGAAGACGAGCGAAGGGGGGCCGCGUUCGUUGCAGGUGCAUGACGCUACUUGAGUUGGAGAUGCACCGCAUUCUCAUCCUUCAAACCCAAAGCAGCAGUGUGAGGAAAUAUUCUGAUUCAGGGGUGUUUAUGACUGCGGGCACAAGUGAGGAUUUUGUAAAUGAAAAAGAUUGUUGAGAACCUCCCCCGAGCAUCAGCCCAGCAUCACAACCGCGGGGUCUACCUAAUUCCCCAGCCGCUGUCCUCUGGCCGUACUUCCUGGCUGUGAAGGAUGGGUGAUGGGCCAGUGACGGACCCUGCCCGCCCGCCUCGUCCCACCCUCCAAUGGAGCCAGCGUGGAACUCCUCCCACCCGCCUCGGCAGCUCCCGUCCAACACGUCUACCUCCGCUCCGGCUGAGGACUGGCCUCCGUACCAGUGGGUAGCCCUAGCGGCCAUGCUACUCAUGGAUCUGCUCGCUGUGGUGGGCAACGUGGCCGUCAUGACGGUCAUCGCCAAAGUCCCGCAGCUCCACAAGUUUGCCUUCGUCUUCCACCUGUGCUUGGUGGACCUGCUGGCGGCCUUGGUGCUGAUGCCUCUCGGCAUGGUCUCCAGUCGAGCCUUCUUCGGGGAGGCCCUGUGCCGCAGUUACCUCUUCCUCAGCGUGUUCCUGGUUAGCGCCGCCAUCCUCUCCAUCUCAGUCAUCAACGUGGAGCGCUAUUAUUACGUCAUGCACCCCAUGCGCUACGAGGUGAAGAUGACCGUGGGCCUGGUGGCGUCAGUGCUGGUGGGGAUAUGGGUCAAAGCGUUGGCCAUGUCGGCUUUGCCGCUGCUCGCCUGGAUCCUGCAAGGUGCGAGGACUCCCCUUCUGGAGGGUAGCGGGGGAGGCGGGGGGGUCCCCUCUCCUCCCGCUCAGGGUCAGAGGCGCUGCUCGCUGCACUGGACGGGGGGCGGCUCGAACCGUUUGGCGUUCAUGGUCCUCUUCACGCUGCUUUAUUUCCUGUGUCCGCUGCUGGUCAUUUUCGUGGUGUACUGCAACAUGUUCAAGGUGGCUCGGGUCGCCGCCAUGCACCACGGGCCUCUGCCCACUUGGACGGACACGCCUCGUCGCCAAAGGUCGGAGUCGCUCAGUAGCCGGUCCACGAUGGUUACCAGCUCUGGAACAGGGACCGGGAGGGAGACACCGGUGCGGCCAUUCGGUGGAGGGAAAGCGGCAGCCGUGUUGAUGGCGGUUGGCGGGCAGUUUCUGGGUUGCUGGCUGCCCUACUUUUCUUUCCACCUGUAUUCCGCUCUGGCCGCCAGCCCCCCGGCCACGUUGGCAUCUCUCGAGGAGGCGGUCACCUGGAUUGGCUACUUCUGCUUCACCUCCAACCCCUUCUUCUACGGCUGUCUCAACAGACAGAUCCGGGAGGAGCUGGGCAAACAUCUGCCGUGCUUGUUUCGUCGAGCGGGACUCGAGGUGGAGGAGAGGCUGCCCAGCCGCGAAGGCUCCAUAGAGGAAAAUUUCCUCCAGUUUCUUCAGGGCACCGGCUGCAACUUGGAACCUCAGAACUCGCAAAGCACCUCCAGUCCUAAAGGGGAGGCCUGCUGCCCCAUGGUUCAGUCGCAAGCAUCUGAGCCAGCACAUCCGCUACCUGUCGAUUUUCGUAUACCGGGACAAAUUGCAGAGGAUACCUACGAGUUUGUCGAUACCGAUCAGGCGAAAAACAACCACGUAGAUAUAGACACUUAACUUUUUUUUUUUUUCUUACACCAUUGUGAUUGUGUUGAAGACAUCAGGAAAGUUGUUUGGUUCUUAUUAUUGUUUUUUAUCACCAUUGCAAAUUACAACCAAAAUACAAGCAUAAUGUUAAAUUAGCACCUCGCUGAACGUGUCAAUCAAAACUGAGCAUUGUCUUUGAAAAGGUGAAAGUUUUUUUUUUUAACAAUUCUUGAAAUUAGUUCAUUAGGAUAACUCAGGGCCAGGGGGCUGCAGAACCAAACCCCCCAAAAUCUUC